CAUUUCAGGGCCUUUUGAGGAAAUCAUCAACAAUGUGGACCAUUACUCUCGUUCUUUGUUUGGGGAUUAUUCUCACCGGAGCAGAGGCCAGUGAUCAGCAUUCAGAACCGUUCCCUGUAAUUGAACUCUCUGAAACGACCUCCCCUGGUCUUUUAUUAUCGGAAAAACAGAAAUCCAACAGCUCAAUUCAACCACCUCAGGUAGAGAGACCAAAAACACUGCACCCUCCUAUGUGUUUGGAGUCAGCUAGAAUCAGAGACGCCUUCAAAUAUGUCCAUACUGUGGUUUCUCUUGUGGUUUUUGUUGUGGGAAUAGUGGGAAAUUCAGCCUUAUUGAAAAUCAUAUAUGUAAACAAAAGCAUGAGAAGUGGACCAAACAUUCUCAUUGCCAGUCUUGCUUUGGGGGAUCUUAUCCACAUUGUGAUAGACAUUCCAAUCAACGCAUACAGGAUCAUGGCAGAAGAUUGGCCAUUUGGCUUAGCGCUGUGCAAACUCGUCCCCUUCAUACAGAAAAGCACUGUUGGAAUCACUGUGCUGAGCUUAUGUGCUCUGAGUGUCGACAGAUACCGAGCUGUAGUAUCCUGGAAUCGAAUCAAAGGCAUCGGAGUUCCAGUGUGGACAGCAAUCGAAAUAACUCUGAUUUGGGUUAUUUCUAUCCUGCUGGCUGUGCCUGAAGUUGUCGGCUUUGAUAUGAUAACAAUGAACUAUAAAGACAAGCAUCUGAGAAUAUGUCUGCUUCAUCCCAUGCAAACCACACCGUUCAUGCAGUUUUAUAAAUCAGUGAAGGACUGGUGGCUCUUUGGCUUCUACUUUUGCAUGCCCCUUGUUUGGACAGCCGUCUUCUACGCACUCAUGACCAGGAAAAUGCUGAAACAUACCGAGAAUACAUUAAGCGACCACACCAAGCAGAGAAGAGAAGUUGCAAAAACAGUCUUCUGCCUGGUGAUCGUGUUUGCACUUUGCUGGUUGCCUCUGUACCUAAGCAGAAUCUUGAAAUCCACCAUGUAUGAUCAGAAAGAUCCUAAAAGGUGUCAGCUACUGAGCGUCUUUCUUGUCCUGGACUACUUUGGCAUUAAUAUGGCAUCACUCAACUCGUGCAUCAACCCUAUCGCAUUGUACAUAGUCAGCCAAAGGUUUAAAAGAUGUUUCAAGGCAUGUCUGGGCAGUUGCUGUCCUCUUCAAGCUGUCAACCACGACGAGGCGCAGUCUGUUUUGAAGUCCAGAAUGCAGGAUCAAGCCUCGGAGCAGAGCAGCAACAUCAAAGCUCACAAGCAGACGUCCACACCUCUACCUGAGCAGGAGAACACCUUACCGUGUUAA